AAAACAAAUAUCGAUUUUCAUUUUUUUACCUCCUUCGGCUGCGUCUGCGUGCUGCCCAGCCCAGCCCAUCUCGUCUCAGCGAUACCGGCCGCCGCCGGCGACCUUCGGUCUAUCGAACUCGCAGCGCCCCAACGCCGGUGAUCCCGCUGGGCGGCAGGAGGAGACGACGGGUGCCGCGGAGCGCCGCCGCCGCCCGAUCUCCCUCCCUUGGGCGGUGGACUGCGUCAUUGCUCCGUAGACACCCUCUGGUCCGUCCCGUGACGUGCCUCCGCCGCAAACCCGCUCGAUCAGCCUGAGGCUGGGGAUCUACCGGGACUUGGAUAGAUUCAUUUCAAUUCAAAGCUGGGCAGAUGGCGCAGAUCCCCAAUCUCGACAACGCGCCGCUCAACCUUGCGGCUCUCAGGGAGCAGUCGCAGAAGGACCUGCUUGGCAUCCUAAAAAAUAUAAGGGGGAAGAAGUGCUUGGUCAUUGAUCCCAAGCUCGCUGGGACUCUGUCACUGAUUGUGCAGACAUCGCUGCUAAAGGAGUAUGGUGCGGAAUUGCGGAUUCUCUCGCCCGACCCCUUGCAGACGGAAUGCCCAAAGAUCAUAUAUCUUGUGCGCUCUCAGCUAAGCUUCAUGAAGUUCAUUGCAAGUCAAAUCAAGAACGAUGAACCUAAAGGGCUCCAGAGGGAAUACUUCCUUUACUUUGUACCUCGCCGCACCGUUGCUUGUGAGAAGAUCCUGGAGGAAGAGAAAGUUCAUCAGAGACUGACAUUCGGAGAAUAUCCCUUAUAUCUAGUUCCAUUGGAUGACGAUGUCCUGUCUCUUGAACUUGACCAUUCUUUGCAGGAAUGCCUUAUUGAAGGAGAUACAAGUUCUAUCUGGCAUGUUGCUAAAGCGAUCCAUAAAUUAGAGUUUGCAUUUGGAGUUAUCCCGAAUGUUAGGGCUAAGGGUGUGGCGUCAACCAAAGCUGCAGAGUUGUUGAAUAAUAUGCAACUAGAGGAUCCAGUCAACAUGGAUGAUAUGGGGAUUCCGGAGAUAAACACUGUUAUUCUGCUAGACAGAGAGGUGGACAUGGUGACACCAAUGUGCUCUCAGUUGACGUAUGAAGGCUUGUUGGAUGAGAUGCUACAAAUUAAUAACGGUUCAGUGGAAGUUGAUGCAAGCAUUAUUGGAGCUCAACAAGAUGGGAAAAAGGUUAAGGUUCCACUGAAUUCAAGCGAUAAGUUGUACAAGGAGAUCCGAGACCUCAAUUUUGAAGUUGUAGUUCAGGUUUUACGUCAAAAAGCAACAUCUAUUCAGCAAGAUUAUGCGGAAGUGAAAUCCACAAACACUCAGUCCGUUUCGGAGCUCAAGGAUUUUGUGAGGAGGUUGCACUCGUUACCGGAGAUAGCUAGGCAUGUUCAUUUGGCACAACACUUGCAAUCAUUCACGGGAAAACCCUCCUUUCAUGCUCGACUAGACAUAGAACAAACAAUAUUGGAGGUUCAGAACUUUGAAAUAUGCUUUGAGUACAUUGAGGAGAUGAUACAUAAGCAGGAAGCUAUUGAAAAUGUCCUUCGCCUUUUGGUGUUACUUUCUCUUACAAAUGCUGGGCUUCCAAAGAAGAAUUUUGAUUACUUGAGGCGGGAGAUACUUCAUAGUUAUGGCUUUGAACACAUGCACUUAUUAUACAAUCUGGAGAAGGCUGGCCUUCUUAAGAGGCAGGAAUCAAGAAGCAAUUGGGUUGGUAUUACAAGAGCACUGCAGCUUAUAGUUGACGUGAAUGAUACGGCAAACCCUACUGAUAUAUCCUACAUCUUUUCUGGAUACGCACCUCUUAGUAUCCGCCUUGUUCAGCAUGCAGUGAGAUCUGGAUGGCGGUCUAUUGAAGAACUGUUGAAACUAUUGCCAGGCCCACAUCUAGAUUUGAAAAGAGGUGGUUUGACAAUUAAUUCGUCACCAGAGGUGCAUCCAGGUUUAGGGGCUCAACAGAGUAUUGACAGGGUUGGUCAUCGCUCUCUGGUUUUGGUUGUAUUUAUUGGCGGUGUCACAUUUGCUGAGAUUGCUGCCCUUCGAUUCCUUAGUGCACAGGAAGGAAUGGGCUAUGACUUCCUCGUUGCAACAACAAAGGUCGUCAAUGGAAACACAAUACUCAGACCAAUUAUAGCUAAUAGCAAAGAGGGGAUGAUGUGAUUUUGUUCUUUUGCUUGCAUGUGUUUUCGUAAUUACAAUUGUAGACAAACCCAAGCUUGAAGGUGUUCUGGUUUGGCUAGGGGUUCGUGUUUGUUCAGCAACUGGAUGACAAGGCUAACACCGUAACACGCUUGUCGAUAGAUGGAAUCCAAUAGUCUCAUUUUGAUUCAGUUCUGUAGCACAUUCUCCUUACUGUAAAUCACUGGUCUUCAUGUGUUCGUCUAUCCUUUUAUUCAAUUAACUGCUUCCUUGAA